AUGAAUGGCCACUGCCUUUCUCUGGUUAUAGUGUGCCUUGUUUCAAUUUUUCUUGAUUUCUCAGCUGGUCAUUUUUGGACAUCUGCAAGAAACAGCAAUUUUUGCUUCUGGACAAGCUCUAUCUCGAAUGGACAGACACAUUAUAUGUUCCUUCACCAGACUACAGUGGGCAAAGAGAGAACUUUGGUCUUAUUUGACAGUAUCUGGAACAAGGAAAACAGCCUGGUGGACUGUAUUACAAGCAACAACCGUGCUGUUAUUAAAAACUUUUCAUCAAAGUGCUGGGAAGUCAGAGACAGGCCUUUCUCAGACAUUCCAGAUGGACGCUUUAACAUCAGUAUUUUGGUUGAACCUGAUGGCCCCUGUGCAGCUCUGGGACAACUGCCAGAACUGGGAGUACCUGUGCGCAGGACAAGAGACCUUGAAAGUAUGGACCGCAAAACGAUUUACCAGAACAGUGGAGAAAGUUCCCAAAAGCUGAAGCGCUCUAAGCGAGCAUGGAUGAUUCCAGGAACUCUGUGGUGUGGCUCUGGGAACAAGGCAUCUGCUUUUUCAGACUUAGGUUUAUUUGAGGAGACUGAUAUGUGCUGUAGGGAGCAUGACCACUGUGAGCAAACCAUUGCUUCCUUUGAGUUUGGCUAUGGAGUAUUCAACACUAACUUCUUCACUUUAUCACACUGUGACUGUGAUAGCAAAUUUCGCCGCUGCCUUCAUAAUGCCAACGAUAGCAUGUCUGACAUGGUCGGUUAUGGCUACUUCAACCUCCUCAAGAUGCGGUGCUUUGAAUUUUCACAGAGAAUGACAUGUGCAGAAAGGACCUGGUGGGGCAUGUGUAAACUGAGUCAGAUGACUACAUAUGCUCUGUUGAAGGAUGCAACAGAUUACAAUUCCACAUUCACAGUAUUGGAAGAUGAUAAACUGGAUCUAAGCAUCCAUCACACUGUCUCUUUUGGAAAUCUAACAGUUACUAAUGACUUGGUAAUGUCAUCUGGCAUUGUCACUGAAGAUGCCAGGGAAAAUCAUUCAUCAGUGUCUGUACCACGAAGGCUAUCAGUUAAUACAUCUCAGCAGCCUGAACCUCAUGAAAAAACAACAAAGUCACUAAUGAAUCAUCCAACAGGCUCAUCGAAAACAGAACCAACAGACUCACCAAAAACAGAACCAACAGACUCACCAAAAACAGAACCAACAGACUCACCAAAAACAGAACCAACAGACUCACCAAAAACAGAAACAACAGACUCACCAAAAACAGAACCAACAGACUCACCAAAAACAGAACCAACAGACUCACCACACAACACAACAGACUCAGAACAUAUACAAACAACAGAUGAAGCAAAAACAGAAACAACAGAUUCACCACAGACACCUACAGACUCACCACACAUACAAAUAAGAGAUUCACUAAAAACAGAAACAACAGACUCACCACAGACACAAAAACCAGACUCACCCAAGACACAAGCAACAAACUCAUCACACAUAAAAACAACAGACUCACCAAAGACACAAACAACAGACUCAUCACAGAUAAAAACAACAGACUCACCAAAGACACAAACAACAGACUCACCAAAGACACAAACAACAGACUCAUCACAGAUAAAAACAACCGACUCAUCACAGAUAAAAACAACCGACUCAUCACAGAUAAAAACAACAGACUCACCAAAGACACACAACCAUCCUAAGAUUCACACCAGACAAAAAGGUAAACUGGACACCUGUGAGAGUUAUAAAGACCUGGACUCCUGUCAUUAUCAGAUACCUGCACUGCGGGAGAAAUUUGGCCUACGCAAUGCUGAACACACCACCUUGUACCACUGCAACUGUACAGCCAGACUUGCCAGGGAGCUUGCUGAAGAGGUUGAAGUUGACAAGGUUCAUGUCUGGUUGCUGGAUUUUGUCUCCCAAUCCUGUUUCUUUCUGCCUCAGAACUGCACUGGGAGUGAAAGUUGCUCCACCCCUUCUCCUAAUGACGCGCCUCGCAUCGAGCGCUGGAGCAAAGGCGCGGCCGUUUGGCGACAUCUAGCGGCUCCGAGGCGCAAAGCCAAACGGUUCCACUCCAAACGGUCCAAGAGGAAAGACUCUCCAAUCAGACUGCACAAAAAGUGUCUGAGGAUGUACUCCAAGCUCCGGAAAGAAGUGCAACAACUGUACCAUACCUGAGCGCGAGGAUUCCUGCAUGCAUUCACUUUGCUGCAACUGGACACUAUGCAGUAACAAUGUGAAUAAAUGUAAAUGCAUAUGUAUUGUUGGGAAUAGUGUAAAUAAAUAAAACCA